CGUGUCUCUAAUGUAUUUAGCCAACAGCAGUUAGCUUAGUGAACUACCUCGCGAGAGAGAGGAUUACCUUUCAGUGGUUUGUGCUAGGUAUAUUUGUAGAUUUUGACGGACCACAGUCGAGUGCACGCCAUGCCAGAGCCUACAGACAUGAAUGGACCCAAUGUAGCUAAAACGCCAGGGGGUGGUGCUCCAGGGAAAGAUGGAAAGGAGUUUAUAGCCAAUGGGCAUGGAGAGGGAGACGCCAACCCAUUUGCAGAGUUUAUGUGGAUGGAGAACGAGGAGGAGUACAACCGGCAGGUAGAGGAAGAGCUGUUGGAGCAAGAGUUUCUGGAGCGCUGUUUUCAAGAGAUGUUGGAUGAAGAAGAUCAGGAUUGGUUUAUUCCAGCGAGGGACCUCACCCCAGGUGUAGGACAGAUCCAACAGCAACUCAAUGGUCUGUCCAUCAACAACGACAACAAUGCAGAAGAGAUUGUGCGCAAGAGCAGCUUAAAUCCUGAAGCCAAGGAGUUUGUCCCGGGAGUAAAAUACUAGGACUCGGCCUCACCCUCUGGAUUGGAACCCUCUUAUAUGCACAAAGACUUAUUCUGGCUGGGAUUGUCACAGCCAUCCAUACAUUCUUAUAAAUAUGUCCACACAGAGCUAUGAGGGGCUUGAAAAGCAGAGGAGGGUGAGGGAAUUCGGGGAAGGGAGGAGGGCUUGUUUAUAAGCUUUUUUAUUUUUCCAUUUCUUACAUGUAAACCAAGGGCAAAGAGUUUAGAUGAAGCCUCUAGGAGGUGCCAUGACAGCCUAAUGUUGUACUCUAUACAAAAGCAUUUCAUUUCUUUCUACCUUGAAUGACAGAUCACCCCAGCACUCGAGUAGAAGUCUUUGCCGAAUUGUGUAUUUAGUUUAUUUUUCCUUGCCUGCUUUUUAUAGGGGAGAUUUGUGUCUGUUUUUGGAUGAGGUGCUUUUGGAUAAGUACCCCAUAACUAAGGGUGGGGUGUUGAAAGGGAAAUUAUGAUUGGAAAAUCCAGUUUGUGUAGACUGGCCAGAAAAGGUUGAAAGUAUUCACAAGAAAACAUUAUUUUGCGUGAGUAGAAAUUACAUGCAAGAAUGCGAUUACUUGAAGAAAAGAAAAAAAAUAAAUAUAAAAAUGUUGGUA